CUACUUACGGCGCGAAUACAAAGACACAGGAAAAGGAAAAGCAAAGCAGAGGAGUUCAAUCCAAAUAAACCACGUCGUCUAAAGUCCAGUCCAUAUCGCGUUAUCAAAGUUGUUUUUUUUUCUUUUUCUGAGAGCGACAGAAAGUGGAGAAGAAAAAGAUGGAGAAAAUAGAGCACAAAACGGUGAGGACGAAUGGAAUAAACAUGCACGUGGCAUCCAUUGGGUCAGGCCCAGUUGUACUGUUCCUCCACGGCUUCCCGGAGCUUUGGUACACGUGGCGCCACCAGCUUCUGUCCCUCUCCGCCGUGGGCUACCGGGCCAUCGCCCCCGACCUCCGCGGCUACGGCGACACCGACGCCCCGCCCGACGCUUCCUCGUACUCCGCCCUCCACAUCGUCGCCGACCUCGUCGGGCUUCUCGACGCUUUGGGAAUCGAGCGAGUUUUUCUGGUGGGCCAUGACUGGGGAGCCUCCAUAGCCUGGCAUUUCUGCUUGCUGAGGCCCGAUCGUGUGAAGGCCCUCGUCAACAUGAGCGUCGUGUUCCGCCCCAGAAACCCUAAUCGAAAGCCCAUUCAGAGCCUCAGGGCCAUCAUGGGCGACGAUUACUAUAUCUGCAGGUUCCAGAAACCUGGGGAGGUUGAAGAAGAGUUUGCACGUGCUGGUGCUGCGAGAAUUAUAAAGACAUUUAUUGCAUCUCGCGAUCCACGACCACCUUGUGUGCCUAAGGAGAUAGGAUUUGGUGGUUCACCUGACCUUCGUAUUGAUCUACCUUCGUGGCUGACCGAAGAAGAUGUCAAUUAUUAUGCCAGCAAAUUUGAACAGAAAGGUUUCACUGGCGGCCUAAACUACUAUCGCGCUAUGGACCUAACCUGGGAGCUCACAGCAGCAUGGACUGGAGUACAGAUUAAGGUACCAGUCAAGUUUAUUGUGGGAGACCUUGACAUUACAUACAACACUCCAGGUGUUAAGGAGUAUAUACAUAAUGGUGGCUUUAAGAGAGACGUACCAUUCUUGCAAGAAUUGGUUGUGAUGGAAGGAGUAGCUCACUUUAUAAAUCAGGAAAGGCCCCAAGAGAUCAGCGCGCAUAUAUACGACUUCAUCAAGAAAUUCUAAUCCACGUUAUUAUCCUUCAGAAGUAUACCGUGCACAAGUCAUUAAUAAUUCCUGUAAUCCUGACUUGGAUGCACUGUUUCUCAAGCUUGUAUCAAUGUCAUCUACACAACUUCUGGCGUAAUGCCAAGGUUUCUUUUCUUAAUUUGGCUUGUAUAAAAAUAAAAAUAUUUAGUGCAUUUAACUAAGGGGACGUUUGGCAGGAAAGCACUUUUUCAUGUUGGGAAAUCAAGAAUCUUGAGAAUCAUAUUUCUUGGAA